AUGGCAGAAGCAGAGUUCCUCGUCGGUGACCACGUUGAUGUAGGCGGCUAUGCCGCCAUCGUCCGCUAUGUCGGCGAAACUCUCUUCGCUCCCGGCGAAUGGAUCGGAAUAGAAUUCGAAGGCCCAGACGGUAAAAACGAUGGCUCGGUACAAGGGGAGCGGUACUUCAACUGUCCACCAAAUAGAGGAAUAUUCGUGAAACCGGGUGUCCCACGGUUAAUAGAGCGACCUCCUCCACCUGCUAUGAAGAGAGCUUCGGCGAUUGUUUCGCCUGCACAUGGUUCUCCAAGGCUUGCGCAACCAAGACCCUUAAGCAUGCGGGCUCCUGCAUCGCCGACGAAGAUGCUGUCUGGAAGUCCCUCUCCCGGUGCUGGAACUUCAAGGACAGGUACACCGCUUGUUAGACCGCCUUCUGUGGUUGGGCGGGUAGGUACAGGGACACCUACCCCCCGCACCUCCGGAAAUACCGCACCACGUACAGGCCCAAUGGGUCCUCCGGGGGGAAAGCAAACUGCCAGCGCUACAGCAUCAAAGCCAGGACAGGCUCGACGACAAUCUACAGUUAAUUCUACGUCUAUGUCAAGGACUCCAUCGGUUGCCUCAUCUGCCGGAAGCUCAGUUGCUCGUCCACCACCCGGUAGCAACCGUCUAUCGUUGAAACCCGGCGGAUUGCAAGUUUUGGGGGGGCGUAAACAAAGUAUAUCAAAUGUAUCAUCUGAACGGAGCUCCCCAGAUAUCACCAGUACAGGAAGCGCAAUGAGGAGAUCAAAAAGCGACGACAAAGAUCCUCGAGGCCAAUCUACACGAAUGGGGAGAAGGGAAUCGAACGCCUUGUCACCUGGCUCACCAAAACCAGUUUCGAAGGUAGCGACCACAGGGCCAACAAUUGGCCCGCCGGUAACUGGGCCGAGCGCGACCAGUGCCGGGGCUAUUUCUGCAACCAUGGCAAGAGAGUUAGAAGACUUGAGAAGUACAAUCAAGGUGAUGGAGAAGAAAAGAACAGAGGAUAGGGAUAAAUUGAAGGUGCUGGAAAGAAUACAAAAUGAAAGGGAUAAGUUUGAAAUGAUUAUCCAGAAGCUUCAAGCUAAAUACCAACCUCAGCAAGCCGAGCUUGUCGAACUUCGAAAAGAAAUCAAGGAAAUGAAAACUUACCUCGAAGAAAUGGAGGAAUUCAAGGUCGAAAACGAGAUGAUCGUAGAAAUGGCCACCCUCGAUCGUGAGAUGGCCGAAGAACAAACUGAAUCACUACGUGCAGAACUUGAAGCUGUACGAGGUCGUGCGGAGGAGCUUGAAAUGGAAGUCGAAAUUUUACGUGAGGAAAAUAGUGAGCUAAGUGGGGAAAUGACACAGGAGGAGAAGACAAGCGCUGGUUGGCUACAGAUGGAGAAACAAAACGAGAGGCUCAAAGAGGCACUCCUAAGAUUAAGAGACAUGACCUCUCAGACAGAAAUAGAGCUGAAAGAGACAAUCAAAAGCCUCGAGGAGGAUAACAAUGAACUAGUAGAGAUCAAAAAGGCUGCUGAAGGAACUAGAGAGAGACUUCAAAUCUCGGAAGCAGCGGUUGAGGAUUUAAGGCAGCAGUUAGAGACUGCUUUGGGCGCCGAGGAGAUGCUUGAGGAUCUUACCGAGAGGAAUUUAAGCAUGAGUGAACAAAUAGAGGAGUUGAAAGCGACAAUCGAGGAUUUGGAGAGCCUGAAGGAGAUCAGUGAUGAACUGGAAAUUAAUCACGUUGAAACAGAGAAACAGAUGCAAGAGGAAAUCGAUUACAAAGAUCUCGUGAUUGGAGAACAGUCAAGGAGGAUUGCACAGUUGGAUGCAAGUAAUGAGGAAGCAGAGUACACAAUUACGAGAUUCAGAGAAUUGGUAACUAACUUACAGAGUGACCUUGAGGACAUGAGAGCUAGCCAACAGAUAACUGAAACCGAGGCCGAAGAACUGACAGCUCGCUCGCGCUCAAUGAUAGAUAUCAACAUGAAGCUUCAAAUAACCGCCGCAAAAGCCCAAAAUAAGACAAUCGACCUCGAGCUGCGUCGACUAGAGGCUGAAGAAGCAGUGGAGCACCUCUCAAUUGUGCAAAUGUUUCUUCCCGAAGCCUAUCGUUCUGAACGAGAUUCCGUACUUGCCCUUCUCCGCUUCAAACGCGUUGCAUUCAAGGCCCAUCUUCUUCACACAUUUGUUAAGGAACGUCUCGCUGGCCAAGUUGGGCAAGAACAAGCUGGACAUGAAGAAUCACUUAUGGCAGCUUGCGAUAUGUGUGAUAAACUCACUUGGGUUAGUGCAAUGUGCGAUCGCUUUGUUAAUUGUAUCAGCGGGUGCAGCUCGCAACAGUUUGCAAGAUUUCAGGGAGCACUCUAUGAGCUAGACCCCGUGGAGCGAGCUCUGAACGGCUGGAUUGAAGGAUUGAGAAAAGAUGACUUGAAAGAGAAACAGUGUGUUGCUGAGCUGCAACGGACUAUGGCACUCAUGUCUCACCUAGGGGAGAUUCACCUUAAGAAUGAUCUAGAAGGAUUCGCGAGUGAUCUACAUAUGAGAGUUCUGCUGAUGCAGAGCUACAUGGAGUCCACAGCAGCAGCAAUGGCACAAAUAAAGCUGAUGGUCCAAAAUAAACUUCCCCCCAGCAUUGAAGAGGGUGAGGACGAGAAUGACAUUGCCUCGAGCUUUGCAAAGCGUGCCGACGCAAUUGUUUCAAAUUCGCGGAGCGCGAAGGUUAUUAUCAGCAAAAUUCUUCGUUCUCUAAACGAUUUCCAGGCACGUUCAUUGUCACUUACACAAGAUAAACUGGGAAACUUCACAGCAUGCGAAGAUUCUACAAAACGGCUAGGAGAUUAUGCUAGGGCUAUUGGGAACGAUGUUUAUGAGCUACUUUAUUCAGAUGAUGCGAAGGGGAAUGUUGGAUGGCAAGAGCUGCAGUCAAUGUUUUUCAGGACGACUGAGAGAGAGCUAGUAGCUGUGGAGGUGGAAAUAUUUGGAGCUUUUGGAAAGGAGUUAAAGAGCCUUACGAAUCUACUUGUCGAGCUUGGAAGUACGGCUUCGGAUAUUGACAUGACUGCUGAGUUCGAAAAGGCAACUGCCCCGUGGAUUGUCCGUGCCCACGAACUCAAAACAACCAAGACGAUUUCUGUCGACGCCGAAGAGGAGAUCCGUCGUCUCAAAGAUGAUAUUCUGGAGCGUGCAACACAAAUCAAGCUCCGUGAUAAGACCUUGGAAGAAUCCGCUGUCAAAAUCGAGCUCCUCGAAUCUCGCAUGCGUAAUGUCACUAAACAGAGCGAGCGGAUUGAAGAGCUCGAAAAGCUCGUAUCAGAAGGGGCAAUACGCGAGAAAGAUCUUACUGACGCUAUCGAGAAUCUCAAUGAAGAGAUACAAUCCCUUGAGACUGAGGUUGAUAAAUGGAAGAAGACUGCGAAUGAUAAGAGAGCACUUGGAGAGGUUGACAGAAUUGGUGCAGAAAAGGCGGUUGCUACAGCCAGAGAAGUAGAUGAGCUUAAGAAGGAAAUCACUUCACUCACAGGAGCUGUGAAUUUCCUAAGAGACGAGAACGCAAGAGUUAUCAAGAACGACCUGCUGGCAUCUGAUUCGUGGCUAUUGGAGCCAUUGUUGGCAAAGCCAGAAGUCAAAGAAGUUGAUGAAUACGAACAAGCUCUUGCGACCGAAGGACAGGAUGUUAUGGCUGAAUUGAUGCUACUCGCAACACAAUCAAAGGUUGUUGAUUUGACGAAGGGGCCCAAAAAUCGGAAAACUUGGAGACCGGCUAAGGAGACGCCAAGGUCACAUUACUUAGAACAAAGAGAGCAUUAUGAGUCACUCAUUGCAUGGAAAGAGGAGGUUACCUCGAAAGCAUUAUAUCACGAUGCUGCGAAGAAAUGCUUGAGGCCGCAGAACAAUAGGAAGGCGAACAAUAUUUUCGGCGCGAAAGUUAAUAUCAAGAUGCCUAGGCUAUACCCGGUAGGAUCGAAGAUAAUACCGACUGCGACUGAUGUGGUAAUACAAGAGCCAGAUGGAUGGGAGAGUCUUCAAGAGACCAUGGGCUUUACGUAG